ACUGUUUGCAGGCACCACUUUCGAGUGAAUAGAGUCCAGCGAUGGCUACAACACAUGUCACUCCUUCUCUCCGUGCAGCUGGAAACACUGUGCACCGGUGGACCACCAAACCUGACGGCUGAGCCCUUCUAUUAGCGAGACCGCCCUUUCGCACCCACAAUCGAUUACGCUUUCUCUGUAUAGCACUCCCGAACCCAGCCAGCAGUCUUUCUUUAUGGAGAUCCUAGAGCUCGGAACCCUGUCAUCGAUUUUCAGUCACGAUGCCCAAGAACGCUCACCCGCCCCGCGGUAAAUCCGCCGCAAAGAAGCCUGUUCCCCCAGAAGAAGACACCAGCUUCAUAGUCUUCGGUGAUGGCAAGCCCAAAAGGAAGAAGAAAGAAGAAGAUUCAACUGGCGGGGAUACGGCUCAGAAUGAUAGUAAAGGCAAGGGGAAGUCCUCAGCAGGACUGCCUGAAGAGGGGCCAAAAAAGCCAGACACUAGGACCCUGAUUGCAGGUGCUUCUUGGACUGGCAAGUUGCCCGUCAACUUGCUUUCGGAACAUUUCCAGAAGCAGCACUGGGGCAAGCCCGAUUAUCGCAUUCGCAAGGAUGGCGACCAGCACUUUGCUUACGCUGUGGUACUGUCCAAGCUGAACCAGAAGACGCGAGAAACGACAACCUUACCACCGAUCAAGAUCCCAUCGGAGCUCGAAGAUAAAGCACACCAGCCCACAGCUGUAGAGGCCCGCAAUUUCGCAGCCGCCUACAUACUGUUUCGGGUCGCUAGCGCAAAGAAUCUGCACAUGAUGCUGCCUCCAACAUAUAAGGAUCUCUGGAAAGGAGAGUUUACAGAUCUCAAGAAGCGAGACGAGGCUGAAGGCAAAGGAUGGAUGUACGAGGCAGACCCUUUCUUCGGGUUCGCAGAGCGCGAAAAGGCCCGGGAGGCAGCGGCUAAGGCACGCGAAAAGAGGCAAAAACAGCACGAAGAGGCACAGAAAGCGCACAAUCUCCAGCCAGGGGCAGCCAUGCCGAGCUCCAAAGGUCCAGCUCCUAGUAGGAAUCUGCUGAAAGGGUGGGAACGUGUACCCAAGAUUGAACUAGGAAAACGAACGCGAAAAGAGGCUGAACGCCUCAUCCGGCGAGACGCAAUCUGGAAUCCACACGCCAUUCAGGUCAAUUCAAACGUCAAGUCCAAACUCACAGAUGAGAUUGCUGAGCUUGGCUUCCGGAGAAGCCAUGUUGAGGAAGCUGCCGACCUAUGCAAGGAUCGUGAGGAAAUCAUCGAGUGGCUCCUCAUCCACGUCCCCGAGGACGACUUGCCAUCAUGGAGUUUACCGGAGGGAUACGUUGCCGGUAUCAGUAUGGCUAGCUCUAACCUCAAGCGCGAAGGCGCUGUAUUGCGCCUUGCCACCGCGGGAUAUUCUGCAGAUCUCUGCGAAGAAGCGUACGACAGCCAAGGCGGUGAUGAGAGGAAAGCAGCAGCGCUGCUACAGUCUCGCCUACUCCGACCGAACGAGGAUGAGAAAGAUAUUGCCCAAGAGCUGGCAGACCUCGCGAUUGCUCAUGCACCGGCUGAGCCGUCGGAAGACGAUCCUUGGGAGGUUGAGAUGUCUUCGCUGGAAGCAAUAUACGACAAGCUCUUUUCCCGGCCAUCGCCAGCCAUGUGUCGCAUUGAACUUGACGUGAAGCAGCAGGGCAAACGCCUCAUUCUGCAGGUUAGAAAACCCUUUGGCCUAUACCCAGCCGUCGUACCGAUCAUCACCUUCGAGGCGCCAAUCCCUGCGUACAUCCGACUCAGCAUAAUUAGGCAGGCAUUGCUACAUGCUGAAGCUAACUACAUCGGAAUGCCAAUGGUGUACGAUAUUGUAGACUGGUUACAACAGAAUGCUGGCGAGAUCUUCAAGAACCCAGGAAAAUUGAGCGAUGUAUCAUCCGGUCUUGCUGCAGCAGAUCACUCUAUCAGCCAGCAGAGUCAGCGGAGGACGGGUAAAGGCAGAUUUCGGAAGCCGAUAGACUGGAAGCUAGCAACUCCAGCGAGUCAGAAAGUGUUAACUGACUGGCAAGCUAAGCAGGGUAGCCCGGCUCAGCUGAAGAUGAUGAAUGUUCGACAGUCACUUCCAGCAUGGCGAUUGAGAGACGAGAUAGUUUGGACAGUUAACAACAGCCAAGUGACUAUCAUAUCGGGUGAGACAGGUUCCGGGAAAUCUACCCAGUCUGUACAAUUUGUCCUCGAUGAUCUCAUCCAACGACAGCUUGGUGCUGUCGCGAACAUCAUCUGCACGCAGCCACGUAGGAUCUCUGCCCUCGGUCUCGCUGAUCGUGUGGCUGACGAGCGCUGCUCUCGGGUUGGCGAAGAGAUUGGUUACACCAUCCGAGGCGAGUCGAAGCAAAAGCCUGGCGUGACUAAGAUCACUUUUGUCACAACCGGUGUUCUUCUUCGACGGCUGCAGACAUCUGGUGGUAACGCAGAUGAUGUUGUUGCCGCCCUCGCCGAUGUCAGCCACGUUGUCGUCGAUGAAGUUCACGAGCGCAGUUUGGACACUGACUUCUUACUUGUGUUGCUUCGCCAAAUUCUCCGUACGCGAAAAGACCUGAAAGUCAUCUUGAUGAGUGCCACUUUGGACGCCGACGUCUUCGAGGCAUAUUUCAGGGAUGUGGGACCGGUAGGCCGCGUCGAAAUCGAAGGUCGAACCCAUCCCGUCACGGACUACUAUGUUGACGACGUGGUGCACUUCACCAACUUCAAGGGUAAUGCAAUAGGCGAUGAUGAGGACGCGGGAGAGAAGUCGUUUUCCGCAAACCUCCGAAGUAUUGGCUUUGGUAUCAACUAUGAUCUUAUUGCAGAGACAGUCCGUCAUAUUGACCGCCAGCUUGGAUCCAAGGAUGGGGGCAUUCUGAUCUUCCUCCCUGGUACCAUGGAGAUCGAUCGCACGCUUCAAGCGCUCAACCAAUUCGCCAACCUUCAUGCUUUGCCGCUUCAUGCAUCGCUUCUACCGGCUGAGCAGAAGCGCGUCUUUCCCCUGCCACCCGCCGGCAAACGCAAAGUUAUUGCGGCUACUAACGUCGCGGAAACAUCUAUCACGAUCGAGGAUAUCGUGGCAGUGAUCGAUACGGGUCGGGUCAAAGAGACAAGCUACGACCCGCAAAAUAACAUGGUUCGUCUAGCCGAAACUUGGGCUUCAAGAGCGGCUUGCAAGCAGCGGCGUGGCCGUGCUGGUCGUGUCCGGCCUGGAGACUGCUAUAAGCUUUACACGCGUAACGCCGAAGCUAAGAUGAUGGAACGACCCGAUCCGGAAAUCAGGCGGGUUCCACUGGAGCAGAUGUGCUUGUCCAUAAAGGCGAUGGGCGUGCAAGAUGUGUCCGGCUUUCUUGCUUCGGCACUUACACCUCCAGAAAGCACAGCUGUCGAAGGUGCUAUCAGGCAGCUAUCGCAAAUGGGAGCAAUUACCGACAAUGAGCUUACUGCUCUCGGUCGCCACAUGUCCAUGAUUCCUGCUGAUCUACGAUUGGGCAAGUUGCUUGUUUAUGGGGCGACGUUCGGAUGCCUUGAGGCCGCAUUGACCAUCGCUUCGGUGUUGACCGCUCGUAGCCCUUUCAUAUCGCCAAGAGAGCGAGACCCAGGGACAAGGGAUGAGUUCAAUCGCAUUCGCGCAUCGUUCUCGAACAAUCAAGGAGACCUACUCGUUGAUCUUCGAGCAUACGAGCAAUGGUCUGCCUUGCGUAGCAAGGGACUGUCAACCCGCGACCUUCGGUUCUGGUGUCAGGACAAUCGCUUGUCGCCCCAAACCAUGUUCGACAUCGCCUCGAAUCGGGCACAGUACCUUUCCUCUCUCAAAGAAAUCUCGUUCAUCCCUACCACUUACUCCUCUGCCAACCCGUCGUCAUACGGAAUUUACAAUAAGCAUAACACCAAUGACGCCCUGAUCCGCGCCCUCAUUGCGGCUUCUUUUAACCCGCAGAUUGCACGCAUUCAGCUCCCCGACAAGAAAUUUGCUGCUGGUAUCGCCGGCGCUGUGGAACUCGAUCCCGAAGCCAGAGAGAUCAAAUAUUUCAAUCACGAAAAUGGGCGUGUCUUUGUACACCCAUCAUCCACACUCUUCUCCUCGCAAACAUUUCCCUCGAAUGCCACUUUCAUAGCGUACUUCAACAAGAUGGCCACGUCAAAGAUCUUCAUACGAGAUAUCACACCGUUUAAUGCGUACAGUUUGCUCAUGUUUGCUGGGCAGAUACAAGUCGAUACGUUAGGAAGGGGUUUGGUGAUCGAUGAGUGGAUACGGCUGAGGGGCUGGGCGAGGAUUGGAGUUCUAGUAAGCCGGCUGAGGGGUAUGCUGGAUAGUGUCUUAGACGGAAUGGUAAGGGAGCCGGGGAAGGGGGUGAGCGAGAGGGAGAGCGAGGUCAUCGAUGUUGUUAGGCGAUUGGUGGAAAGGGAUGGGUUGGACGCUUAGACGUAGAAUAGAGAUAGACAGUCACCACGAUAUGGAAUCAUCACCGUGAAGGUAGAUGAGUGUGCUAGGCAGUGGGUAUAGUGCUCUCUUUUACAUCUUCUAUCUCUUUUUUUUCUCUAUUCUAAGUUUUCUCCUAUAUUCUCCAAUCGCAGCUCUAUCUCACUCAAAUCUUCUUACUUGGUUCUCUUCUUACAUCCAGUCUCUUUGAGAAGCCGUAGGAACACCAGGACAUCAUUCACUCCUCGAUGCUCCGGCACUUGCUGAAUCCUGUAGCUACUACCCGCGCCUUUGGACUCAUACAGAGCGGUGGAAAGACCCAAUGGCUAGAGAGUGUACUGCUGUAGUCACCUGGAUCUAUAAAGCACGAAGCAACCAAGUAACAGGAAGGUAUCCAUUAGCUCUCGUUCACCUAUCAUGACUACCUUGGCCACG